CUUCCACCUCUCACUUUCUUCGGCCAUCAGCUGCCAUUUGUAAACAUCUACCCGGGUAGGUACCUAUACGGGUUCGUUUCUUUUGUACCUAACCCUCGGAUGGGUAGGAAGGAGCUUGUCUACCGUACAUCAGGAAAAGAUACAAAGGAGCAGUUUCUGUCGGACCUCAGAACAUUCAAAGUGCAAAUCGAAAACCGGUGCUACAAACGAUAAGAUCCGAUUGGGAGUUGGACUGUGCCAAAUUUAACAGAAUAUUGAAGAUAUACAAUCAUGAUAACGAUUCGUGACCACCGGCCCAGAUUUUUUCGGGCCAUCCACUUCCCAUAUAAUGAAAGAAUUAUUUGCCACCAAAAAAUUGACGCUUCAGUGCAGACAGCGGAUCCGGUUGGUUCAACCUUGAAGCAGUGCAAGAAGCUGACAAAUACAACCAAAGAUCAGUACAUCAAGCUGAGGGAUUCCGGCGCCAAUGGUUUACCGUAUUCCGCCAAGUUUGUGUGCGGAGAUGCCAUUUGGAAGCUGCACGGAGAGGGAUGUUUGGUCACCAUCGGAUCUGACUACGUUGCUCAGGUAUUCAUCGAGAACAUCCCUGAGCUGAACGAUGCAACUGAUUUUGAAACCUCGAAGGAAUUGCUGUUGGCGCAUCUGACAACCGUUAAUGUGCUGUUCGAUCAGCUGAUCAUCGAAACAACUGACAUUGUUGGAGUAAUUAAGUCUCUGCUACACGACCUGGCCACCAACUGUGCAACGAAUCCAAGUAGUGCGCAAUGUUUACUGGAAUUUUGGAGAAUCUCUAAUAAGUAUAAUUUCAAAAUAACAGUCCGAUUUUCGGAUGAACUCAGCAUGAGUGAAAUCAUACAACAUAAUCAACUCAAGACAGCUAUAAAAGAAUACGUCAAAAAGCACGAGAAACUUGAAGAACGAAACCUGUUCCAAAAAGGCAAAGAUUGGAUUCAAGGCUUCGUAAAAAAGACCAACUUCUUGGAGGAAUUCUUAAGAACAGCGAUGAAGAAUCAUAUAGCAACUAUACUAGAAAUGUGCCCAUUACAACUUAAACAAAGUGUAUUGAAGUUUGAACCGCAACGCAGCUUACUGCUGGGCAGAAAUGAUGUCAAGUUGUUCGGUGAUUUGGAAUGUGCCCUAAAUGAGAGUGUUUUUAAACAAGUUUUGCCAAAAAUUGAAGCGAAAUACGUAAAGCGAAUCAUGGACAUCGAACUCACCGAAUCCUGUCAAGUUCUUCCACUCGUGAACACUGUUUACUUCCAUGUCUGCAAAAGUAUGUUGGAAAUGGCCAGUCUAGUGCAAACAGAACUAAGUGUAAAAAACCCGUUAGUGUACGAAAACGAAUGGAAGUUGACAAACAUUGAAAGUAGUGAAGGUGCGACGCUGUUUACUAAAAGUUAUGUAACACAACUUCGAAUGCUUGUUGAAAUUGCAAACCAUCUUGAACCAGGAAAACUUACCGUUGGAGAAAUUUUCCCCUAUGAGUUGCAGAUCGACCUUUUCAAGUCUUCGAAGUCCACUCAUAGCGGUCUACGAAUAUGGCUCUGUCUAGUGGAUGCAACAAUGAUGGAUAUGUUCCAGGGCAAUGUUGAGCGAAUUGAAGCGUUCUCGGCCGUUCUAGAAAUUUUCUUAAAUUUUGUGUCAUCGAAAGAGUCAAAGAGUGAAUCACAAGAAUCUGUACGUGUAGUUGCCCACAACACGUUGCAGUUUGUAGCACAAGUCGAACAAUCCGGGCUUGGACAAAACACAGUUGACACAGAGAUCCUUCAAAAACAGAUAUCUCUCAUGGGACCACAAUUGCUCAGCGACUCUUCAACAUUCUCUCGGUAUCGGGACAGCUUAGAUGUGUUCAAAAACUACUGGGAACGCUUCAAUGAAGUCCUUCCCAAACUGGCAAACAAAUUGGAAGGUGAGCACCUGAAGCCACAGAUCGAUGAAAUCAAAACCAGUCUUUCGAGCAUCGUCUCGCAAGUACUAAACAAAAAUACGCAGUCCGUAGAUGUAAUCGAGUUCUUCCGAGCGUUCAACGAUCUCUUCACGGACUUGGAAGAUUUGUCUUUUGAAUGGUACGUACGUAUUCCAAACCGGCCAAUCAAGAACCGGCUACUACGUAAAUGUACAAUCAAACGAGUCGAAAACAAACUCAGCUAUACUGACAAUGAGUGCCACCAGGUCCAAAAAGGUCGGAAUGAUGAGUUCGCAGGAGCAUUUGAAGCAGCAGAAAUUCCAAAACACUAUCAAGCUGAAGUGGUGAAAACAUUGCUGAAUUAUAUCAACGAAGCAGGACAAAAACAAGCAUGGAUCAAUGGACAACAAUUGACUAACAAAUGUCAGUUAACUGCCUCAGUCCUUUUGAUCAAUGCCAUCAGAAGCUCUCUUCUAUACCUCAAGGAACAACCCGACUACAUCGACUUUGAAACGUUUCUGAAAGAGACUAUACAACCUUUUAGUUGUGUAAUCAAUGAGAGCAAUUCUCUUGAAGAUUUCACCAAACGUGUGGAGUUAAUCAAAGAAUCGUUUUGGUAUAUCCGCAAUCAGAGCUCGAUUGGAAUUGACAAGGCCUUGCAGCUAUUCACGCCACAAAAUGAAAAUGUCAAUGAAGAGCUUUUGAAAUCAUCUUUCCAGCGAUAUCAUGACCAGUUCUUGAAAUACAUGGUGGAGAAUAGCAAGUUCAACUACACCCAAAAAAUUCAAAACAUUGUUCAGGAUGUUCGUACCAAAGUUAAACCAAUUCUCAGCACUAAGUGGGCUUCAGUUUUUAAGCAAACAGUUAUUCCGGAAAUUCUCGCCGGAUUGGGAGCCGUGUGGUCAAUCAUGAUUUCGAAAGAUGUGGCCAGUUCUGGAAAGCACCUAAAGCCACACUCGAUACAAAUUCUCAGCAUUUUGAGACUGCUCAGUGUUGAUAGGGGUGAUAUCGGUGUCGAGAAACAUCUGGCGCAGAUAUUGACCGGUCAGGGUAAAUCGCUGGUGCUGGGACUGUGCGCUGCUUUACUAGCCUUGUUCAAUCACGAUGUUGUGGUGGUUUGCUACAGCAAAUAUUUAGCAAGCCGUGAUUUCAACGAUUUCAAAGGCUUGUUUCAAAACUUUGCCGUCCAUUCCAAAAUAUAUUAUCAAACUUUCGGAGAUGUGGCGUGGAACGAAAUGCAUAAUCUGUUCGAAAAUGCCACCAAAUAUGUGAGCAAAUGUAUUGGGAUUCCCAAUAACAAUCGAAAAUAUACGACUUUUGCUUCAAACUUGAAAAAUACGGUACUGCUGAUCGAUGAGGUAGAUGUUUUCUUCAUGGACAAAUUCUACGGCAGCACUUUCAACCCCUUGUUCCUACCAAUAAUUCGUGGACUAGGAAAAGUUCAGCAACAAAUUUGGAGAUUAGUGCUGCAACAUAACAGCGACGUAAAACACGAAAUUGAAACAUUCAUGCGACAUUCCAAUGAACCUGAUAUUAUUAAGCUUAAUUCGUUUUUGCAACGACCGAGAAAAUAUACUUUGAUUGAUAUAGAUACAGAAGUUACCGAAAUUCUACACACGAAUAUGUCGUUAUUUUCAAACCAUCUUGAUAAAAUGAUUAAUACAGCAGUAGAUAUCCAUAAUCGAGCACCUAAUGAUGACUGGAUUCGCAGCUUCAGACUAGAUUCUGAUGGUAACAUUACGCAUAAAGAUGAACUCGGCGUAUUUAGGCCAAGUGCUUUCAACGGUUACUACAACGCAUUCAUGUAUUUCAAACUACGGAAAAACAACUUCGUACAAAGUUCCAAUGGUCUAAACAACUUUGGAUACCUGAAUUUGAGUAUUGCUUCGUAUUCAUACUCCAGGAUCCCGGAAAAGUUCUCAUUGAUCUUGGGAGUCACCGGUACUCUGAGUGAGUUGACUGCCUACGAGAAAAACGCCAUUGAAAACCACUACAAUAUUUCGCACAGUUCCCUCAUGCCUUCAUUCUUUGGUAGUUCCAAUCUGAAGUUCAACCAAAUUCACAAUUUCCAAUGCCACAAAUCCUUGAUCGAAUGGAGACAUGCGAUCUUCAGUCGAAUCAACGCGGUCAUCAACGCUCAGAGGGCCGUGAUUGUAUUUUUCGAUAGCGAAAGUGAAAUUGCCGACUUCAGGAAGGAUUUUCAAUCUCAGCUGGAUCGACUGAACGAAAUCACCAUCAAUACAGAGGCCAAAACCCGAGAUCGCUACAUUGCGGAAGCGGGCCUGAGUCGAACUGUUACCCUGGCGACUCGCGAGAUGGGUCGUGGCGUGGACUACAAGUCUUCGUUGUCAGUGGAGAAAAACGGUGGAAUCCAUGUCAUCCAAACGUUCUUCUCGAUGGACGUUAAGGAGGAAACGCAAAUCAAGGGACGCACGGCUCGAAAGGACAAUCGGGGAAGCUAUGAGCUGAUCGUGUGCCAAACACAUCUCGCGUCGCUCAAACUGACAAAUUUGGUUGACAGAGUAGAUACGAUUAGCUAUGCACGUCUAGUAAAUUCCAGAAAUUAUCAGACUGACGUGAAUAGUUUUGCUAAGAUGCUGAAACUCGACAAUGCGAAUGAAAUACACGACAAAUCUAUUGGAUUUUGCAGUAAUGUAUGAUUUUUUCGUGUAAUAAGCUCGAAAUAAAUGUUUGUGAAAAUAA